AUGGGAAUUAUUGGCGAUAUUAAGGACACCGUGUCCAAGGCAGUGUUUACUCCCUCCACCCUGUUAUCCGGCCGAGGCGGGCUGCACAUGGCUCAGAUCAUCCUGUCUCUGGUCACCUUCGUCCUUGCGGGCAUCAGAGGAGGGAGCAGCCAUACCUACUGGAUUUACGCCAUGUUCACCUGGGCCUUCUGCCCCAUCAUGACCCUCGCCAUCACCCUCAUUGAGAUGUUUAAGCUGGAUAUCAUACUCAACAUGUUUUGCAUGCACUGGGAUGAUUUCACCACAGGGAUGGCCAUGUCCUCCACGCUCAUGACUGUCUCUGUUGCCAUCACCUACGCCAACUUCUAUGCUUGCCUGAAAUGCCUGUACGGCUGGAUAGUGACUAUAUUUGCGUUCCUGUGUGGCUUCGUCUACGCUCUGGAAGUGCUGAAGGACAAAUUCCUGGACAAGAAGAAAGGGGUCUACCUGGCUGCUCUGCCUGGUUUCUGGAAGGUUUUGGAGGCAUUUGUGAGCUGCAUGAUCUUUAUAUCACUGACUGGUUACAGAGAUAAGCUGGCCCUGAUCCUGUGUGUCAUAGCAUACAUCAUUCCUUUCCCCAUCCUGCCACUGAUCAUAGCCACCAACAUCCUUAAGAAACUGAAAGCGUGUUUGCCCUUUAACCUGGACAGGUUUGUGUUUAUCUUUCUGGUCGUCUCUGUUGUGCUGUACAUAUUUGCUGCUAUCAUGUGGCCCAUUUUUAUGUUCAGAAACAACCCUCGUCCCAGCGACUGUCCACCCAGCUAUUGUAUCUGGGCCAUACAGUUCAUGGUUGCCUUUAUGACCUAUGUCAAUCUAAUUCUUUUUGUACUGGACCUCGUUUUUACCUUGCUUGGUAUCUGUGGCUUUAAACGCACCUAA